UCUCAAAAUAUUGACUGUGCUCUUAUUUCUGUGUGAUUUGUCAUUAGGGCAGCAAUAAAAAAUGGAAGAGCUCGAUAAAGCUCAACUGCAAUUACUCAAAAAUGCGUUCGACGCCUUCGAUCGCGAGAAGAAAGGAAUCAUCAGCACGGACAUGAUCGGUACCAUUCUGGAGAUGUUGGGCCACGAGCUUGAUGAGGACAUGCUGAAAGAAAUUAUCGAUGAAGUUGAUGUGAGCCGUACCGGAGAGCUAGAUUUCAACGAUUUCUGCAUGUUGGCUUCUAAAUUCUUAACAGAAGAAGAAGACGAUGAGACCAUGCUUCAAGAACUUAAGGAAGCCUUCAGGUUAUACGACAGGGAAGGCAAUGGCUACAUCACCACAGAAGUGUUGAAAGAAAUCUUCAAAGAAUUGGACAACACACUCUCGGCUGACGACUUGGACACCAUGAUUGAGGAAAUUGACACAGACGGCUCAGGCACCGUGGACUUUGAUGAAUUCCUGGAGGUCAUGACUGGUGAAUAAAGAAGCUGACUACUUAUCUACAACUUCUUGUAAAUAUAGUGAUAAGAAAAAAUUAUCAUUGAAAACAAAGACUAUUCAAAAUGUCAAUUUAGAAAUCUUAUCCUUACGCCAAUACCUCUUUAAGAUAAUGUUAAGUAAUUUAUAAGAAAGAACCUACAAAGUACAAAUUACUGCGCGUAGUAGAUUGUAUACCUAAAUAAAAAUAUUUUA